CUGUCUCUUUAAACGAGCGAGCAGCGGCUGUCUGGCGAAGCAGCGACUGAAGAGAGCGAGAGAACGGGAACCGAUCGCCUCCGCGAACACAAAGGGACGUUACGACCGACGCUAUGGGCAUCAAACUGUAUUACACCACCGUGACUGCGUCGAGAGAGAUCAAGUCUCAGCAGGCCGAGGUGAUUCGCAUUCUGGAAAGCAAGAGCAUUAAGUACGAGUUGAUUGACAUCUCGGUGGGCGGUGCUGUCCGGGAGGAGAUGAGGAGUAAAUCUGGCAACCCCACGGCCAUCCCGCCUCAGAUAUUCAAUGAAGACCAGUACUGUGGGAACUACGAGAUGUUUUCUGAGGCGGUGGAGGCAGACUCUGUGGAACAGUUUCUGAAGAUUGCAUGAGAGCCAAACCUGGUAGCAACCAUCAUCCUCUUCCCUUCCUUGGUCCGUGUCCACAUUCCCAAAGGGAGGCCUGCCUGUCCCCCUCUGCUCCGCUGGCGGUGCCUGCCUUCGACAUCUCAAUGCCAUGCCACAUGCCAAAAACAAUCAACAGAAAAGCACAUACUUACCCCGCACCACCGUAUUUACCCUCAAACCCAUUCGUUCCUCCGUGCUUUUCUUCUUCAUUUCCUCUCUCGCGUCCACUAAUUUGUCUUAAUCUCGUUUGGAUCAGAGCGCUUGGAUGUGUAGUAAUUAGGUCGCUUAAUCUGGGCAGCAACCCUACGUUUAUUCCAGAUUGAACUAAUCCGCAGGAAUCAUUCCGUGUCCAAUCGGAUCGCCAAUUUGCGUAGACGGCCCUCGUAAAUUCCCGCUUUUAGUACCGAAAAAAAAUCAUUUAGAAAUGGCGACCUCUCCGCGGGCUGAAAUGUAUUACGUGUCGGUACCUUAAAAACACAGGCCCCAGCUGCGUCGGAUGCUAUAUUAAUCACUCCGCUUCGUAUCGGCUUUCAGCAGCGUCGAAAGCACAGGUGUGAUCUCCGACACAGAUUCCCGUUGAACUUUCCCGAAUUCAGGGACCGAAAAACGUUCCACCGCGUUAAACUGUGCCAAUAAACGUCUGUACGAAUGCGUUUUCCACACAAGCAUUUAUUUUUUUUCCUCCGCCUUCUGGGUACAAACUUUAUUCCAAAGCUUGAAGAUCUCAAAAUCCAUUAAGAGCCGUUUUCCCAAAAUAGGAAAUCAUAUUGCGUUUAAAAAAACCAGUAAUAGUAGUAAUCAUCGCUAUAAUGAUAACUGGGCUAAAUUGUCACGAAGAUCGUUUCAAAGUGCGACAAAAAGGCGUGAUAUAAUGUUAUUUUGAGAGUAAACUAGGACCCGGAUGCAGGCUCAGACCUUCGUUUAUUAACCCAGUCUCCUCGACACGUUCCUCAGAGCUUCAUCUCAUUUGAUUCCGGUUGGUGUUUCUUUGAUCGGCCCCGAGCUCCUGAUUAGCUCUGCACUUCAGCUGCAACCACCAGAUCCAUCCUCUAGUAGCUGAAUCCCGCGCACGUGUCCGUGUCCAUCGAACUGAGCUCACUGCAGGUUGUAGCAUCGGCACUUCCAACAGGUUCUCCUCCAGCAUGUCGAUCAUAUUGGUACUUAAUUUUUAUACUGUAUACUCGGCACGGUCUUACAGUGUUGUCGUGAGUCGUGGUUCCUCGUCUGACUCUCUUGGUCUGGUGACAUCUGCUGCUCCCGCUCGGUCUCGUUGGGAGACGUGGGACGUGGGACUGCGCGCACAGACAGCUGGCUCGUGAAACGAUUGUGAAUCUUCCUCUGUCGUUAUUGUUUGUAACGAUUUUCUUGUGCUCUCUUUGUGCUGUACUGCUUUGCUUUUGGACCAACGCCCUUUUUGGCCAAAAUAAAAUUGAUCAUUAGGGAAAGAAAUGCUGUUGUCUUCCAAGAAGAUGGUGAAAUUGUGAUGUAUGGGUCAAAUAAAAAGUGCAAAAAACGA